AUGGUCAUUGGAUUUGCCAUCACGCAGAAGAAACUGCCUGCCCAGCAUGGCUACGAGUUUGAUGAGUUCCAAUGUCUGAAUCUCAAUAUUACUUGUCCGAAAGGGAGUAAACCAGAAGAUAGAUUGCCGGUCAUGGUAUGGAUGCAUGGAGGUGGAAAUUGUGUGGGAACAGGAGCAGAUCCGGGCUAUGAUGGUGCGCCGCUGGUUAACUUCUCAGUCAACCAGAAAAUGCCAGUUGUGGUGGUUACGAUAAAUUAUCGAUUAGGUGCUUUUGGAUUUCUUGCCUCCACCGCCAUCAGAGAAGACAAUGAAGCUGCUGGAGACAGUGGAGUUGGAAAUUAUGGUAUCAGGGAUCAACUUCUAGCAUAUGAGUGGGUCAAGAAGAACAUCAAGGCUUUCGGGGGCGAUCCAAAUCGUGUUACUGGGUGGGGAGAAAGCGCAGGCUCAAGUAAGUGUUUCUUUGACCUUCUUUGA